GGGCAUUCGCAAAAUUUCUCGACAGAAUCGGUAGCUCGCCCUGCGUUCAAUGCCUCGUCCUGCAUACACUAACAAGAGAACUCAUCGCCGGUCUGGCAUUUUAUGGUGGGGAGGUUGUUUUGCCUGUGGCGGGGUAACGUUGAAGCUCAUACAAAUUUCUUCGACGUCGGACUCGUUUUUGCCUCCCUCUACUUCUGUCUCUUCUCUCACUUUCUCUCUCUGUGCAGAAGGGCUGGCUGGUGAAGCUGGAUCAUGACAGUUCGCGAGUGAAAGAUCUCUCGUCUGGCACUAUCCGAGCCGAAUCGUUCACGCCCGCCGCACUGCAGCGCCCCCUCUGAGCUCUACGCUCUCCGACGGACUUCCCUCACGCGACCGAGACCUGACCGGUUCUCUCACAUUCCCAUCCGUCCCUUUUCUGACUUCUCCCUUUACCACCUUCUUGUCUCCUUGCUGCAGAGACAACUGCUGCUCCAGCAAUAAUGGCCGCUACACUCUACCGGCCCGCCACUGCGCGUAUCUCCGAGGCCGAGUCCCAAGGCCUGGUGACCCUUGAGCUCGAGGAUGGCUCGGCUUACCAGGGCUACAGCUUCGGUGCGCGGAAGAGCAUCGCUGGCGAGCUGGUCUUCCAGACGGGCAUGGUGGGGUACCCAGAAUCCAUCACGGACCCUUCCUACCGUGGCCAGAUCCUCGUCAUCACCUUCCCGCUCGUCGGGAACUACGGCGUCCCUCCGAGGGACGCUCUCGACGAGCUCCUGGGCGACCUCCCUGCUCACUUCGAGUCGUCACAAAUCCAUAUCGCUGGUCUCGUGACGGCCACCUACGCGGGCGAAGACUUCUCGCACUUCCUCGCGACCUCAUCCCUCGGGACAUGGCUCAAGGAGCAGGGCAUUCCUGCUAUAUACGGAGUCGACACCCGCGCGCUGACCAAGCGUAUCCGCGAGAAGGGCAGCAUGCUGGGUCGGAUGCUUCUGGAGAAGAAGGGUCUGACUAACGGCGCGAAUGGCGACGCUGAGGGCCUCGCGCUCCCUGGCAAGAUGGGCGACUGGAGAGCGUGCUUCGAGUCGAUCGACUGGGUCAACCCCAACGAGAAGAACCUCGUAGCAGAGGUUUCUAUCAAGGCGCCAAAGCUGUACCGGCCGCCCCAGGCCUCCGCCCUGAAGCACCCUUCGGGCCGGCCCCUCCGCAUCCUCUGUCUCGAUGUUGGCAUGAAAUACAACCAGCUGAGAUGCUUCCUCAAACGCGGCGUUGAAGUCCUGGUCUGCCCCUGGGACUAUGAUUUCCGCGCUGAGACCUACGAUGGCUUGUUCAUUUCCAACGGUCCCGGCGACCCGGCGAUCAUGGAGCCGACCAUCAAGCGCAUCGCCGAGGCGUUGUCGGAGAAUCGUAGUCCAAUCUUUGGUAUCUGCCUCGGUCAUCAGUUGCUCGCUCGGGCGGCUGGCGCCGAGACCAUCAAGCUCAAGUUCGGUAACCGCGGCCACAACAUUCCCUGCACCAGCAUGGUGACAGGCAAGUGCCACAUCACUUCCCAGAACCACGGAUACGCCGUUGACGCCGCCACUCUGCCCUCCGGGUGGCAGGAGUUGUUCGUCAACGCCAACGAUGGCAGCAACGAGGGCAUCAUGCACAUCGACAGACCCCAUUUCAGCGUGCAGUUCCAUCCCGAGAGCACGCCGGGCCCGCGGGACACCGAGUUCCUUUUCGACGUCUUCAUCCAGACGGUCUCCAAGUGCGCUGCUGAUGACAGCUUACUGAAGAAGGGCGUCCACUUCCCCGGCGGCACGGUCGAAGAGAACAACAGGCUGCACCCGCGCGUCUCGGUCAAGAAGGUACUCGUUCUCGGCAGCGGUGGUCUGAGCAUUGGCCAGGCUGGCGAGUUUGAUUACUCUGGCAGUCAAGCCAUCAAGGCCCUGAAAGAGGAAGGCAUCUACACCGUCCUCAUUAACCCCAACAUCGCCACCAUCCAGACAUCAAAAGGUCUCGCCGACAAGGUCUACUUCCUUCCCGUCAACGCCGAGUUCGUUCGCAAGGUCAUCAUCUACGAAAAGCCCGAUGCUAUCUACUGCACGUUCGGCGGCCAGACGGCCCUGCAGGUUGGCAUCCAACUCAAGGACGAGUUCGAGCAGCUCGGUGUCAAGGUCCUGGGCACUCCGAUCGACACCAUCAUCACCACCGAGGACCGUGAGCUCUUCGCUCGGAGUAUGGAAUCGAUUGGUGAGAAGUGCGCCAAGUCUGCCUCGGCCAACAACGUCGAGGAGGCCCUGAAGGCUGUCAAGGACAUUGGCUUCCCCGUCAUCGUUCGUGCCGCUUAUGCCCUCGGUGGUCUUGGCAGCGGUUUCGCCAACAACGAAACUGAGCUUCUGAAUCUCUGCAACAAGGCCUUUGCCGCCAGCCCGCAAGUCUUGAUCGAGCGCAGCAUGAAGGGGUGGAAGGAGAUCGAGUACGAAGUGGUGAGGGAUUGCCAGGACAACUGCAUCACGGUCUGCAACAUGGAGAACUUCGAUCCCCUCGGCAUCCACACCGGUGAUUCGAUUGUCGUCGCUCCCUCUCAGACGCUCUCCGACGAAGACUACAACAUGCUCCGGACGACUGCCGUCAACGUGAUUCGCCACCUCGGCGUUGUCGGCGAGUGCAACAUUCAAUAUGCCCUGAACCCCUUCUCGAAGGAGUAUUGCAUCAUUGAGGUCAACGCCAGACUGUCCCGGUCCUCGGCCUUGGCUUCCAAAGCCACCGGCUAUCCCCUCGCCUUCAUUGCUGCCAAGCUCGGCCUCGGCAUUCCGCUGAAGGAGAUCAAGAACAGCGUCACCAAGGUGACUUGCGCCUGCUUCGAACCAUCUCUCGACUACGUCGUGGUCAAGAUGCCCCGCUGGGAUCUCAAGAAGUUCACCCGUGUGUCCACCCAGCUCGGGUCGUCUAUGAAGAGCGUCGGCGAGGUCAUGAGCAUUGGCAGGACCUUUGAGGAGGCGAUACAGAAGGCUAUCCGCUCUAUCGAUUACCACAACCUCGGUUUCAACGAGACGCCGGCUCUCAUGUCGAUCGAUGAUGAGCUCCAGACGCCGUCUGACCAGCGCCUCUUUGCCAUCGCCAACGCUAUGGCCGCUGGCUAUUCGGUCGAGAGGAUCUGGGAGCUGACCAAGAUCGACAAGUGGUUCCUCUACCGGCUCAAGGGCUUGAACGACUUCGCCCAGAGGAUGAAGGACCUCAAGGCCAGCGGCGCCACCCUCCGGCCAGGCAUGCUUCUUCAGGCCAAGCAGCUUGGGUUCUGCGACCGUCAGAUUGCCAAGUUCUGGGGGUCUACCGAGCUCGCCGUGCGUGGCAUGCGUCUUGAGGCUGGCAUCACCCCGUUCGUCAAGCAGAUCGACACUGUCGCUGCCGAGUUCCCGGCCUACACGAACUAUCUGUACCUCACCUACAAUGCCAGCGAGCACGAUAUCACGUUCGACGACCACGGCGUCAUGGUCCUCGGCUCGGGCGUGUACCGGAUCGGCUCCUCCGUCGAAUUCGACUGGUGCUCGGUCAGGGCAAUCCGAACUCUUCGUGAAACGGGUAUCAAGACUAUCAUGGUUAAUUUCAAUCCUGAGAGCGUGUCCACAGAUUAUGAUGAAGCCAACAGACUGUAUUUCGAAAACGUGGCCGUGGAGACCGCUCUCGAUAUUUAUGACUUGGAGUCCGCCGUCGGAGUCCUGGGCGCCAUGGGCGGCCAGACCCCCAAUAACAUCGCUCUUCCCCUGCACCGCGCGGGCGUGAAGAUCCUUGGAACAUCCCCGGAAAUGAUAGACCAAGCCGAGAACCGAUACAAGUUCUCCCGCAUGCUUGACCGGAUUGGCGUUGACCAGCCAACCUGGAAGGAACUGACGAGCUUCGAGGACGCAAAGGCCUUCUGCCAGAAGGUCUCAUACCCGGUGCUUGUACGGCCGUCGUACGUGCUGUCUGGUGCGGCUAUGAAUACGGUCUACUCAGAGGGCGACCUGGAAACCUACCUGCAACAGGCCGCUGACGUCUCCCCCGAACAUCCCGUUGUCAUCACCAAGUACAUCGAAAAUGCCAAGGAGAUCGAGAUGGACGCGGUAGCCAAAGACGGCAAGCUGGUGGGCCACUUCAUCUCGGAGCACGUCGAGAAUGCCGGUGUGCACUCGGGAGAUGCCACGCUCAUCCUCCCCCCGCAGGACUUGGAGAAGACGACCAUCCAGCGCAUUGAGGACGCCACUCGCAAGAUCGGUGCCGCGCUCAACGUCACGGGCCCCUUCAACAUCCAGUUCAUCGCAAAGGACAACGAUAUCAAGGUGAUCGAGUGCAACGUCCGCGCCUCUCGCUCCUUCCCCUUCGUCUCCAAGGUCAUGGGCGUCGACCUGAUCGAGAUGGCCACCAAGGCAAUCAUGAGCGUUCCUUUUGAGGAGUAUCCCAAGAUCGAGCGUCCUGCGGACUGCGUCGGUGUCAAGGUUCCCCAAUUCAGCUUCUCCCGUCUGUCUGGGGCGGACCCCGUUCUCGGUGUCGAGAUGGCUUCAACCGGUGAAGUCGCUUCGUUCGGUGCCGACAAGUAUGAGGCGUACCUGAAGGCGCUGUUGUCGACCGGUUUCAAGAUCCCCAAGAACAACGUUCUCCUGUCCAUCGGCUCCUACAAAGACAAGGAGGAGAUGCUUCCGUCGGUCAAGAAAUUGCAGGAGAUGGGCUAUAAGCUCUUUGCGACGGCCGGAACCGCAGACUUCCUCGGCAGUCACGGCGUUCGGGUGCAAUACCUCGAGGUCCUCGGCAAGGAGGAGGACGCUCAGAAGUCAGAGUAUUCGCUCACGCAGCACCUGGCUAAGAACAUGAUCGACCUAUACAUCAACCUGCCUUCCAGCAACCGGUACAGGCGGCCGGCCAACUACAUGAGCAAGGGGUACCAAACCCGGCGCAUGGCUGUUGACUAUCAGAUCCCGCUUGUCACCAAUGUUAAGAACGCCAAGAUCCUGAUCGAAGCUCUUGCCAGGCACUUUGAGCUCAACAUUGGUCCCCGCGACUACCAAACGAGCCACCGCACUGUCCAGCUGCCCGGACUGGUCAACAUUGCGGCGUUUGUGCCGGGCCUCGUUUCUAGGGAUGGCAGCGAUCUCCAGAGCGUGACCAAAGCUUCAGUCGCGGCCGGUUUCAGCAUGAUCCGGGUCAUGCCCGUCGCCAAAGACGGUUCCAUUACGGACGUGAAAUCCCUCAAGAUCGCCCAGCAGAACGGCAAGCGGGGCACGUACUGCGAUUUCAACCUGUCCAUCACGGCCACCUCGGACAAUGCCCACCAGAUCAGCCAUGCUGCUGGCGAGGUUGGCUCGCUGUUCAUCCCGUUCAACCACCUCUCGGACAACAUCAGCAAGGUUGCAGCCGUGCAAGCGCACUUUGACGCUUGGCCGACGCACAAGCCGAUCAUCACGGACGCAAGGACCACGGAUCUGGCCUCCAUCCUUCUGCUAGCCAACCUGCACAACCGCCGGAUCCACGUCACCGCCGUGACGACCAAGGAGGACAUCAGACUGAUCGCGUUGGGUAAGGAGAAGGGCAUGAAGGUGACCUGCGAUGUCAGCAUCUACUCGCUGCACCUCUCGCAAAAGGACUACCCUGGCUGCCAGUUCCUGCCCACGGCCGAAGACCAGGCUGCGCUGUGGGAGCAUCUGGAGACGAUCGAUGUCUUCUCCAUUGGCAGUCUGCCCUACCAGCUCGCCCACUUCCUGGAGCAGCCGACGGAUGUGGCUGUCGGCAUCGCGGAUGCCCUGCCGCUCCUUCUCACUUCGGUCGCCGAGGGCAAGCUGACCGUCGAGGAUGUGAAGACCAGGCUUCACGACAACCCCAAGGAAAUCUUCGAGCUGCACGACCAAGUUGGCGCAGGCCUGGAAGUCGAGAUCGACCGCCCGUACACUUUCAAGACUGCUGGGUCCUGGUCGCCUUUCGAGGGCAAGGUCCUGAAGGCGACUGUUCAGCGGGUCGUCUUCCAGGAUCAAGUGGUUUGCCUCGAUGGCUCGGUGCUGCCGGUACCCCCCAGGGGCAGCGACAUGUCCACCCACGGGGCCAUACCUGCGAUGGCUGCCAUGACAUCGCCUGCAGUGCGACCGCUGCAUCACCCCAUGUCACCUGCGGCUGAUGACCGCCGCCAGAGCCAGACUGUGGUUCGAUCCGCGAUUGGCAGAUCGAAGACUGCAGAGAUCGCCGCAUCUCCCCUUGCUUCGUUGGCUCGGGCGCCUAUGGACGAUCUCAUGCUCCCCUUGACGAUGCAGCCAACGACCUCGCCGCUGCUGGAGAUGCUCUCCGCUCCGUCGGCCUUCAAGAAGUCCCAUGUCCUGUCCGUCACGCAGUAUACGCGUGCCGACCUGCACCUGCUCUUCAACAUCGCGCAGGAGAUGCGUCUCGGUGUUCAGAGGGAAGGUGUCCUGGAUAUUCUCAAGGGCCGUCUGCUGUGCACUCUGUUCUACGAGCCCUCCACACGGACUUCGGCGUCGUUUGAUGCGGCCAUGCAGCGCCUCGGCGGCAGGACCAUCGCCAUCUCCACUUCGCACUCCUCGGUACAGAAGGGUGAGACCCUGCAGGACACAUUGCGGACGCUCGCGUGCUACGGCGACGCGGUCGUCCUCCGCCACCCUGACGAAAAGUGUGUCGACAUCGCCAAGAAGUACAGCCCGGUCCCCGUCAUCAACGGCGGUAACGGCAGCAGGGAGCACCCGACGCAGGCCUUCCUCGAUCUCUUCACCAUCCGCGAGGAGCUCGGCACCAUGCAGGGCCUAACGAUCACCUUCGUGGGCGACCUGCUGUACGGCCGGCCCGUGCACUCGCUCGUCUACCUGCUGCGCCACUACCAGGUCAAGGUGCAGCUUGUCUCGCCCAAGGCGCUGGCCCUGCCCGCGUCCGUCCGCCAGCAGCUUGUCGAUGCCGGCCAGCUGCUGUGCGAGUCGGAAACGCUGAGUCCGGAGAUCCUGGGCCGCACCGACGUACUGUACUGCACGCGCGUGCAGAAGGAGCGCUUCCCCAGCCUGGCCGAGUACGAGAGUGUCAAGGACUCGUACCGGAUCGAUUACGGGACCCUCAAGCAUGCCAAGAGCAGCAUGGUGGUGAUGCACCCGCUGCCGAGGAACGAGGAGGUUGCGGAGGAGGUGGACUUCGAUCAGCGAGCGGCGUAUUUCAGACAGAUGAGAUAUGGUCUCUACUGUCGCAUGGCCCUGCUUGCGCUGGUCAUGUCUUGAGAGCACGAUUUCACUUGGUCUUGAAGAUGGUUUGCCUUUUUUUUCUCUCUUGUUGGCUAUGUUUUUGUAGAUGGAUACGGGGAAAAAAAUGCAUGGGUGCCAGGGUUUGGUUUUGCUUUCCUUUUCUUUACCUAGUUUGGGUUCGGAAAACACCCGACUGUUAGCUAGAUCAAAGGAUCUGUCGUAGACUGUCACGGCUCGCGCUGCUGGAUCAGGAUGAUGAUACACAUGAUGUGUAAAUGCGGGUAUAGGGUGUAUUAUAUAUUGAGCUGCCGUGUGUAAGGUAGCUUUACUGUAUCAUGAUAUGUAUAUAUACGCACCUGUGUAGUAUAUACUGUAUGCUUGAUUUCCAUCUUAGUCACCUAUCUUGAACGAAAUUGACGUGUCGGACCUGCAGGAG